CCCCUCCCCGCCGCCGUCCCCCGCGCUGCCCCCGCGCCCAGCCCGAGGCCCCGCGCGCGUCAUGAGCCGAAUCUACCACGACUGCGCCCUCCGGAACAAGGCGGUGCGGAGCGCGCGGCUCCCGGGGGCCUGGGACCCCGCCGCCCACCAGGGGGGAGAAGGCGUCCUGCUGGAGGGAGAACUGGUAGAUGUGUCUCGGCACAGCAUCUUGGAUGCCCAUGACAAAAAGGAGCGCUACUAUGUGCUGUACAUCAGGCCCAAUCGCAUCCAUCGCCGGAAGUUUGACCCCAAGGGAAAUGAAAUCGAGCCCAACUUCAGCGCCACCAGGAAGGUGAACACGGGCUUCCUCAUGUCAUCCUACAAGGUGGAAGCCAUGGGAGACACCGACAGACUCACACCUGACAUGCUGAAGGCACUGGUACAAAAGCCAGAGCUGCUUGCACUGACAGAGAGCCUUACCCCUGACCAGACAGUGGCGUUCUGGAUACCUGAGUCAGAGAUGGAGGCGAUGGAGCUUGAGCUGGGGACUGGAGUACGGCUGAAAACUCGAGGCGAUGGCCCCUUCUUGGAGUCAUUAGCCAAACUUGACGCUGGAACAGUAACCAAAUGUAAUUUUGCUGGUGAUGGAAAGACAGGGGCAUCCUGGACAGACAGCAUCAUGGCCCAGAAGUCUUCGGAGGGAGCCAUGGCAGAGACCCGAGAGCAGGGAGACGGGGCAGAGGAUGAGGAGUGGGACGACUGAAGUGAGUGGGAGUGAAGUGCCUCUGGUCCCACCAGCACUGCUGAGAGUCUCUUCCAUCCACAUCUACUCUAGAGCUCAAGGGAGCAGUCUGCCAAACCUUACCUGGUUCUUCCUACAGCUGCAAUGGAAUAACCUUUGAAUAAGUGCUGCUAAAAUCAAACCUAAGACCAUGACAUGAGCAGUAGUGCCAUGCUUUGGCUCAUGGAGGGGCCCUCCCUUGGUGUGAGUCUAGAUCUAGACAUUUCCAUGGUGGCCCUUGCCCUGAAUAACAGCCUUGUUUCUAGAGGUAGGAAGUGGAUGAGUCCUCCAGGUCCCCACCUCUCAGACUCUACAAGGCCACAUUUUGAUAACAGCUUUGUUGUUAUUUUU